AUGUGCAACGGAGAAUCCACCCGCGUAACCCAAGGCGGCUCCAUCGCCGUCCUACAUCCAACCCCGCCCUCCCCACUCCUCCGCCGCACACACUCAUCCUCUUCUUCCUCCUCAUCCGUCUCCAGCUCCUCAGACGACGAAAUACAACAAGAAGAAAUCCUACUCUACUUCACCAAUCCUCUUUCCAAAACAUCCAGCACAAACGUUGAAAUGGCUGGGUUCGAUCAUCAAACAACACAUGCGGCCUGGGUCGUGAUACACCGCGACGGCGAUCUCUCGUCUUCUUCCUCUACACAACGGUCCAGCGCAUUCUGCUCCUUCCCAAUCAAAUCGCAAAACGGGCAGUGGGAACUCGAACGCAAACUCGAGCUGGGUGUUGGAGAAAGGGGCAUUAUCGGGAGGAGGGUGUCGGUGUUGAGUGGGGCGCAGGAAGUGCUUGCGCAGGGUGUCAUUGGGUGGAACUGA